AUGGAGCAGUCACAGUGUGGCAGCAGAGACCGCAGCGGCAGCGGCCGAACCCACUUGGCCCCGGGGCUGGUGGCGGCCGCCCCUCCGCCCCCGUCUCCGGCGCUACCAGUACCCCCGGGGAUACCAGUUCCUCCAACUUUCCUGCGGCCACCCAGCCUCUUUCUGCGGGCCGCCGCGGGAAGCGGAGGCUGCCCGUCGGCUCCCGGACUGGAGAGGGGCGUGGGUGUGGUGGGCUGCGGCUACCCGCGGACACCCAAGUGCGCCCGUUGUCGCAACCACGGCGUCGUGUCGGCACUCAAGGGCCACAAACGCUUCUGCCGCUGGCGGGACUGCGCGUGUGCCAAGUGCACCCUGAUUGCGGAGCGCCAGCGCGUCAUGGCCGCCCAGGUGGCGCUGCGCCGGCAACAGGCCCAGGAAGAGAGUGAGGCCCGGGGGCUGCAGAGGCUCCUGUACCCUGGACCCUGCGGGCCUGGGGGUCGGACAUCUGGAGGCCCUGGCAACCGAACGGAGAAUUCCCAGGCCUCCAGCGGCCCUGCGGCGGUGACGGCGCUGGGACUGGGUGCCUUGGCGACCCCUGCUUUCCAAGUUGUCCAGCCAGAUAAUACGGAGCUAAAACAAAAACUAAAAGAGAGUAAAUGUGACUCAGGCCAGAGUGGACAAGAAGAGCCAGUCUCUAAAUCCCAUCAGUGUACUCUGGGAUCAUCUCCUAAGUCUAAUGGUGUCAUUGGAAAACAAAACAUCAGGCCAACUAUUUCAGAAAGCUUGAACAAGGAAGAUAAUAUUCAGCCUCUUCACCCUGGGGAGCUAUCAGGAGGGGAAGAGAGUCCCAGAUCCCUGUCAUCAUCUGAUCUGGAAUCAGGAAAUGAAAGUGAGUGGGCCAGAGACUUCACUGCUACCAGAGCCAGCCUUCCCACACUGUCCUCAAGACCAAGAGACCCUCUUGAUAUCCUUACCAGGAUUUUCCCAAGUUAUAGGCGUAGCCGGCUAGAAAGCAUUCUGCGCUUCUGCAAAGGGGAUGUGGUUCAAGCCAUUGAACAGGUCCUAAAUGGGAAAGAACACCAGCCAGACACCAGGGACCUAGCAAACUCAGGAGAAUUGGAAAAUACAGCUUUUCAGAGAACUUCAAAUUUUAGUUUAGGUGGAAUUGGUUUUGGAACUCCAGGGAAUAAAUCAGCUUUCUCUCCUCUUCAAACUGCUUCUGCUCCUUAUGGAGGUGAUUCAAGUCUCUACAGCUUAAAUCCUAGACUAGGUAUCAAUCCAUUACGGCUGGCAUACUCCUCUCCAGGAAGGGGGCUCUCUGGUUUUAUGUCUCCUUACCUAACUCCAGGGUUGGUACCAGCAUUGCCUUUCCGACCAGCUUUGGAUUAUGCAUUUUCAGGAAUGAUUAGGGAGUCUUCCUACCUUCCCAGCAAAGACUCAGUAACUGGUGGCAGAUUGUAUUCCAGGCCAAAUCAGGACAGUCUGUAA